AUGAGCUCCUUUUCGAUGAGCGCGCUCACCAAGGCGCUGCCCUCGGUAUGCCGCCAGUCUCAGCCUCGCAUUGCCUCCCUCAAUAUCACACGCCCCUUCUCGAUCUCUAGUUCUCGCCAAUUGAUCCGCCGCAAUGAUCGCGCCAGCGAUCUUGAAAGACAAAUGUUGAACCGUGGGCCCGAGACGGCAUCCGAGGAUGCCUCGCCGCUCUCUGCCAUUACACGAAUGAUGCAAGGCAACAAGUCCAACCCGCCUUCACAGGAAUCCGAGUCUUCUAAACUUGCCGAGAACAUCGAGUCCGAAAUGAUGAAGAACCCUUACGCCGAUCGAGCUCCUCCCCACCACCUCCACGUCUACUGCCACAAGCACAACACAAUUCUCACCCUGACACGGCCAAACGGCAACCCUCUCAUGUCCAUUGGCUGUGGCCAGAUUGGUUUACGCAAAGCUGGCCGUUCCGGAUUUGACCCUGCGUAUCAGUUGUCUGCCCAUGUGAUGUCCCAGAUUCAAGAAAAGGGCUUCCUCAUGGAGAUUGAGCGGUUGGAGGUUGUGUUCCGUGGAUUCGGAAAGGGCCGUGAUGCAUUCGUCAAGGUGCUUUUGGGUAACGAGGGACGACACCUUCGGGGUCUUGUCACGCGAGUGACCGACUCCACCCGAGUCAAGUUCGGUGGUACUCGCAGCAGACACGAGCGUAGAUUGGGUUGA